UAUUCAUUCAUUCUUCAGCAGGUAGUUUCUCAUUUAAAAAGAAAAAAAUACAUGUUAAUAUUAACGCGUGUUUUUCUUUUACUACGUUUAUAUUUAUUGAACAGUGUCCAAAUAAAUCAGCUGGUUUAUUAGGAAACAUCCGGGGGCAGAUCUGCAGACAGCUGAAAGAUGUCUGACCAGGUGGAGGAGAAGAUCAGGAACUACAGGACGGCUCCGUUUGACGCCCGCUUCCCCAACACCAACCAGACCCGCAACUGCUACCAGAACUACCUGGAUUUCCACAGGUGUAACAAAGCUCUGUCGGCCAAAGGUCAGGACACGAGUCCAUGUCAGUGGUACCAGAGGGUUUACAAGAGCCUGUGCCCCCUGAGCUGGGCUCGGAGGUGGGACGACCAGAUGGAGGCUGGAACGUUCGCGGGGAAGAUCUGAAAACACAAAAUCCUUUCUGUUCAUGUCAAACAAUCCAACAUGCACCGAUCAGCCGUAACAUUAUGACCAGCGACAGGAGAAGACCCGUGUCCAUUCUUCAGUAUGAGGAAGGUGGUCAUAACGUUAUGCCUUAUUGCUGCAUUUCUGUACAGAAUCAAUUAAAUAAAUUAUAUAUUUUAGUGUGAA